AUGUCGGAAAAGCAAAAGGGCAUCUCCCUCCGCAAGAAGCGGGGGGACAAGAGCAAAAAGGCCCCGCCCGUUAUCAGCGCGCCGCGUCAGAUUAGCGCGCCUAUGCCCGUGGCCGUCGCUCCAUCUUCACUGCCAGGCUCCGGACGCCCUUCAAACGAAUCCAGCAGAUCUAGGACGAGACAAGAUGCUCCGCCUCCGCAAGCAAACCCUCAGCGGCCAGAUAAGACGGCCGCUUUGGUCAAGAGGAGGUACUCGCAAAAGGUCACGACGAACCCUCCUGACUUCAGGGACAGAGCGCCUAUGCCGCAGAUGCCUGUACAGUACCGGCAGGACAGGGAGCCGAGCCAGACGAGAGAGCCCAGGCAGCAAGGCAUAGACCCCAACUUGAAAGUAGAACAAUAUGUAUCCACCAUCCUCGCAGAUGCCUCCGAAGCCGACAUAAACCGCUACCAAGACGAACUGCGCAAGACCAAGCACCGCACUUCCCUCGAUCUUCAGCACAACGUAUACCAAAACCGCACACAAUUUAUCAAGAUCAGUAAAGAAGCGGAGAAGCUCAAGGGUGAAAUGCGAACUUUGCGCCAGUUAAUGUCCGACUUGACCACCACACUUGAGCAGACAGCAUCGGCCACUGGCGCAAACAACGAUGCUGCAAGCAACAGGAGAGCCAAUAGAAGCUCGAUUGGCGACCUCAAUCAGCUGCGAGCAGGUCAACUACAACAGUUGUACAGGGAUGUCGAGGGCUCGCAGAAGUACCUACCUCCCAUUCCUGGACGAUACAUAGUGUGGAAGUCAGGGAAAUGGUUCGAACUAGACUCUGCAACUUUGAAAGCAAGAAGACGAGUCAGGUUACUCCUCCUGAACGAUCACCUUCUGAUUGCGACAGAAAAGAAGGCCCGCAACGAUAUUCCCGGGCAGCGUGAGGGCAACCGAACGAACAUGGAAUUUACCGCGCAGCGAUGUUUUCCGUUACUAGACACUCACGUCACAAGGACGCCAGAAGAGCGCAUCAUUAUCCGUGCGGGCGCGGAAACAUUUACCUAUGACACCAAGAAAGAAGAUAGCGGUGACAAGUCUGCUUUCGUUGCAACCUUCCGCAAAACUAAAGAUGACUUGCGCAAGAGUCAAGAAGCUGAUGUACAAGAAAAGGACCGGACUCAGGACUCGUACAGCCACUUGCUUUCUCGUGACCCUGCGCUCAUGAACAGGACAGAGCUUCUCGACAAUCUUUCCGAUGGUAUCAACAACGAGCAAGCUAACACAUUCAUGGACGUAGAUGGCCAGAAGCGAAAUGUCCGUUGGGUGGAAAGCCAAUUGGACGACUUGGACAUUGAGAUUGCGCUGCAGCAUUUCGAGGAAGCAGUGGUAAAAGUUGAUCGACUCAAGUCACUUGCGAGGAACAUCCGUGGCAACGAAAUGGCAAAAGCUAUUGUAACAUACAAGGUCAACGAGCGCGCCGCUAAAUUAGCAAACGUACUGGUCAAACACAUGGUAGAACACAACAACUGGUUCUCCUCUGUCCGGCAGCACGUCAGCUGGGUCGUCCAACUAGGUUUCGAAGACAGAGCGCGCGAAGAUUAUCUCGAGGCUCGUGGUAACCUCAUCAAAACUCGCUCACGUCAAUGCGUUUUCGAAGGCAAUCUACCAGACUACAUUUUCCAAAUUUCAUACAUCUACUUCACCAUCAUUAAAAACACAGUCGACAUGUUCCAGCGCUGUUUCCCCCAGCAACUCAUGUCUGCCUGUGUGAAAUGGGCCAAAGAACAUAUUGACCAGUUCAACGUGCUACUCAAACGGCAGCUGAGCAGUGUGGAGGAGGGAGGAAACGUGUGGAACGAGUGUCUGAGGUUGGCGCAUGAACAUGCGGAAAUGCUGAGGGAUGUUGGGUUGGAUUUUACGGAGUUAGUCGGGAGGGGUGUCGGGGAAGAGGAGGGGGAGGAUGCCAAGACACCGGUGGGGUUGGGUGUGUCGUAGAUGUAUCGGGAAUCGUGUAAAUAGCGUAAUGUGACAUAUGAGAUGUAUCGCAUCUUGUGAACUCGGCCUUG